CAAUAUAUACGAGCGGCAGUUAAACAGUUGGUAAUAUGCGUUUUUAAUUUACCUUCCCGACCCCUAGUUAUGUCGUUAUGCAGCCAGCGCACUUAUAAGUCAGGCAGGUGUCUAAUCUGCAGUGUCAACUUUGCUGAGCUGGAGCAUUUGCAACUCUCUUUAUGUUAAGACACGACUUACAGGCAAUCUUUGCAUUUUCCAUUAUUCGGCAGUGGUGCGUUUCAAAUCAUAAAAAAGGGCCGGGGCACGGAAUAACUUUAAGCACAAGGUAUGCGAGGCCCUAAGGACGUGAGAAGAAAAUUUGCGUCUUGUUCCAGAACAAAUUUACACCUGUAAAAGCAUCCUGGGGUGUCAGAACAGAAAGCUCUUCUCUUCUCUGCUUUCACGGACGGUUCCAAGAAUUCACAGCUUAUCCUAUCACAGCAAAUAUCUCGGUGACGUCAGUCCCUGUGAAGGCCGCUUAAUGCCGUUUCCGUCGCCCAGCAAGUGUAAACACACAGCGAGCACUGGCUUACAUACAGCAACAGGAGAAAAGAUGGGGAACGGCGCAAGUGCCUCUCACGUCGUUGUGGAGGGAGAGGCAUUGGAUAUUGUGAAACUUCGGACGCUUUUAUCAGAACUAAAACGAGAGUUAAGGCAGAAGGAGGAGCAGAUUGAACAAUAUCAGUAUCAGGUGGAGGACUUAACGAAAAGUUUGGCUUUUAAGGAAAAUGACGUUCAAAAGCUUGAGAGGGAGAUAGACAAAUUGCGGUCCGUUUUGGAACUGACAGUCCACAAAGAUGGAAAACCCGAUAUUUUGGCCACAAUACAGGAAGACAGCGUCAUGGUUGGGCAGGCGACAAGGGGAAAGAAACAGGGAGUCUCUGGCGAAAGCACAAACUUCAGUCGCAGUUCUGUUGCCCUUAAACACUUUGACAAAGAUUUCAGGUCCAAACAGUUGAUAAAGGAUGCAAUAUUGGACAAUGACUUCCUAAAAAACCUUGACAAGGCCCAACUGCGAGAGGUGAUAGACUGUAUGUAUGAGAGGACGACGCAGAAGGGACAGUUCAUCAUCACGGAGGGAGAGGCAGGACAGCACCUGUUCGUAUCCGCGGAGGGGGAAUUAAAUGUUCUGAAAGAUGGACGUUCCCUGGGAACAAUGACUGCGGGAAGAGCGUUUGGUGAGCUGGCGAUCCUCUACAACUGUACGCGUACGGCGAGCGUCAAAGCUCUAAGCGACGCUCGACUAUGGGUACUGGACAGAAGUGUAUUCCAAGCUAUAAUGAUGAAAACUGGACUACAGCGCCAAGCUGAAAACAUUAAAUUUCUUCGCAGCGUUUCACUUCUGAAAAGACUUCCCAGUGAAAAACUAGCGAAAAUAGCUAGUGUCCUAGAAAUGGAUUUUUUCCAUGAAGGAGAAUGCAUCAUAAGGGAAGGGGAGGCAGGAGACACUUUCUUCAUCAUUAACAAAGGAGAGGUGGAAGUGCAACAGAAGCUCAAAGGUUUCAGUGACCCUCAGAAGAUAAGGAAUCUCAAGAGGGGUGAUUACUUUGGUGAAAAAGCUUUGUUAAGUGAGGAUUAUCGAACUGCCAGUGUAGUAGCCAAAGCACCAGGGGUGGAGUGCCUCACAAUUGACAGGGAAUCCUUUACCCAGUUAAUUGGAGAUCUGAACGAACUUCGAGAAAAGGAUUAUGGAGAUGAAGCAAGAAAUGCUCAAAG